CGGGGUCUCGUCUUCCUGCUGGGUAAAGAUUUCUCCAGGAAAACUAGGAAGCACCAAGAGGUGUUCCGGACUCUGGGUCUGUUCACUUCUUUUCGUUGAAAAUGGACUGCCCGUAGGCUCGAGAGGAAGGCCGUGCCGCUCUGGCCGACUCUGGAGGUGCUGGGGACGUGGGCACUCGCGGCCCGUGCAGGGCCACGGGAGCAAGUGGCGCGUCUUCAUUGAGGAUUUAGGACAUUCAGGGAAUGAGGGGCAGGGGCGACUGUAGGGACUACUAGUUUGCCAUGCGAGCUGGAAUUUUCCAAGUCUGUGGGUUUUAGGGAGAGAGGCCCCUAUUUUGAUUAAGUCAUGUACCCUUCCACCAGCCCUAGAGAAGAGCGACAGAUAUUAGCGGGAUAUUUACAUUUCCAGGCCGCCUUGCCGGGCCUGAUGUUGAGGCAGCCCCCCGGGGUCCAGAGCGCUAGGUUCAGGGCUCGUUCUCACUCAGCAGUCUGUCCUUUAAUUGGUUGUUUCACUGGUGGUUUGUGGCCAGGGUUGGGUGGUACUCUGGCCCUUGGCCAUUCUCUGAGGUGGAGGGUCCCAGCCACCUAUGGGCCAAAUGGGGCCUUGACAGAGGAAGAGUAGUUUUUAGGACAAAAUCGGUAAAAGAAGGGAGAGCGCAUCUCUUUGGGGAGCUCUGGGGACAGCAGAGGGAGAUGAAGCUGCAGAGGUGGGCAGGAGGCCAGGAGUGAGGCCCUCCAUGCCAUGCAGAGAAGUUGAGAGUUCAUCUGGUAGGGAGUGGAGGGGAAGUCAUUGAAGAAUCCUGCACAGACUUCAGUGUUGGAAAGAUCACUUUGUGUCUUUCAGGUGGACAGGUCUGUGGUGAAUCAAGAGGCAGGGCCUGUCGGCCUCAGAGGGAGAAGUGCAGGAUGGGGGGAGACACAGGUACUUCUCAGGAGCCCUAGUGGCAGGAAAGCAGUUGGGCCGCUGAAGCUGGGUGGACACCUUGGUAGGAAAAAUGAAGAAACAAGUCACAGAUUGGGAGAAGAUAUUUGCAACAUCUUUUGGUGUCCAGAUCUGUAAAGAACUACCAAUCAUAAGAAAAAGGCCAAGAACCCAUUAGAAGAGUGGUCAAAAGACAUGAUAAGUGACUUGGAGUCAAGAAGAUUUUCUGAGCAUAAUUUAUACAUUUAACCUGUAAAAAAAGUCAUCUUGGAAUUGGAGACUCUUUUUGCCCCAUCUGAAGUCCAUAUGGCUCUGUAUGAUGAGGACCUCCUGAAAAAUCCCUUCUAUCUGGCUCUUCAAAAGUGGCGUCCUGACUUGUGCAACAAGGUGGCCCAAACCCGUGGCAUUAGAGGCAAGCCCACUUCAUAGACAGUUGUGAUCUUCCAUCAACGAGGGCCUCCCUUUUCUGCCGUGAGCAAUUGGCAUAUCCCUCGUGGGGAGAGAAGCUCUUUCUGACCUGCCUGAGGAAGCUCCUAAUGACAGCUGCUCUUGAAGGCCCCAGAGUUUCGUGGUGUCUUCACAGAGGAAACUUCAGCAUAUGCUGGGCUGUGCUCCCUGCUCCCAGCACUGGCCUCCAGGAGGCCACAGGACUGGGCUGUGGUGAGGUGUUAGUACCCUGCAAAGGAAGCCUGUCAGGCAGUGUUCAGUCUACUUGUCAGUUUGAGUCCUAUAUUUUGAUCCCAGUGGAAGAACACUUUCAGACCUUAAAUGGAAAGGAUGUCUUUAUCCAAGGAAACAGGAUUAAACUAGGAGCUGGUUUCGCCUGUCUUCUCUCCGUGCCCAUUCUCUUUGAAGAAACUUUCUACAAUGAAAAAGAAGAAAGUUUCAGCAUACUGUGCAUAGCCCAUCCUUUGGAAAAGAGAGAGAGUUCAGAAGAGCCUUCAACACCCUCAGAUCCCUUUUCCCUGAAAACCAUCGAAGACGUGAGAGAGUUUUUGGGAAGACAUGCAGAGAGAUUCGACAGGAACAUCGCCUCUUUCCAGCGAACGUUCAGAGAGUGUGAAAGAAAGAGCCUCCGUCAUCACAUAGACUCCGUGAAUGCUCUCUACACCAGAUGCCUCCAGCAGCUGCUGAGGGACUCCCACCUGAAAGUGCUCGCCAAGCAGGAGGCCCAGAUGAACCUGAUGAAACAGGCCGUAGAGAUGUAUGUCCAGCACGAUAUUUACGACCUGAUCUUUAAAUAUGUGGGGACCAUGGAGGCAAGUGAGGAUGCUGCCUUUAACAAAAUCACAAGGAGCCUUCAGGAUCUUCAGCAGAAGGAUAUUGGUGUGAAACCUGAGUUCAGCUUCAACAUACCUCGUGCCAAGAGGGAGCUGGCUCAGCUGAACAGGUGCACGUCCCCGCAGCAGAAGCUGGCUUGUUUGUGGAAGGUGGUGCAGCUGAUCACCCAGUCUCCCAGCCAGAGAGUUAACUUGGAGACCAUGUGCGCUGAUGAUCUGCUAUCAGUCCUGUUGUAUUUGCUUGUGAAAACAGAGAUCCCUAAUUGGAUGGCAAAUUUGAGUUAUAUCAAAAACUUCAGAUUUAGCAGCUCAGCAAAAGAUGAACUGGGAUACUGCCUGACCUCAGUUGAGGCUGCAAUUGAAUAUAUUCGGCAGGGAAGCCUCUCCGUUAAGCCACUGGAGUCCGAGGGGUUUGGUGACAGACUGUUCCUUAAGCAGAGAAUGAGCUUGCUGUCUCAGCUGACCUCAACUCCCAUUGACUGCUUGUUUCAGCACAUCGCAUCAGGUAACCAGAAAGAAGUGGAAAGACUUCUGAGCCAGGAAGACCGAGAUAAAGAUGCCGUCCAAAAGAUGUGUCACCCUCUGUGCUUCUGUGAUGACUGUGAGAAACUCGUCUCAGGGAGGCUGAAUGACCCCUCCAUUGUCACUCCAUUCUCCAGAGACGACAGGGGUCAUACACCACUCCAUGUGGCUGCCCUUUGCGGGCAGGCAUCCCUCAUCGACUUUCUGGUUUCCAAGGGCGCGGUGGUGAACGCUACAGACUACCAUGGCUCCACCCCGCUGCAUCUUGCGUGUCAGAAGGGCUGUCAGAGCGUGACGCUGCUGCUGCUGCACUACAAAGCCAGCACCGAAGUGCAAGACAACAACGGCAACACCCCUCUGCACCUGGCCUGCACCUACGGCCACGAAGACUGUGUGAAGGCUCUGGUCUACUAUGACGUGCAGUCCUGCAGACUAGAUAUUGGUAACGAGAAAGGAGACACUCCCCUGCACAUUGCUGCCCGCUGGGGUUACCAGAGCAUCAUAGAGACGUUGCUACAGAACGGAGCGUCCACAGAGAUCCAGAACAGGCUGAAGGAAACGCCCCUCAAGUGUGCGUUAAACUCAAAGAUUCUGUCCAUGAUGGAAGCCCACCAUCCGUCGUUCGAGAGGGGGCAGAAGUCUUCAGAGGUGCCCGCGCGGCCCCCUCAGUGCCCCGUGGAUUCCGUCAGCCAGGGCUCCUGCGCUUCCAGCUUCUCAUCCGCGUCGCUGAGCUCCAGGCAAGAGGAGCCCAGAAAGUUCUACAGGGAGCCCACAGAGCAGACCAUGGCGUGGAUGUGCCCAUCCCCUGCAGGUGGGGAGCCCUCACUGACUCCGCCCCGGGCUCCUCCUUCGCUGUCACCCCCAGGCUGUGACCUGCUCUCGGAGGGCCCAGUAGAAAAACUCUUAAGAGCCAUUGCUGAUGGAGACCUAGAAAUGGUGCGUUACCUGUUGGAGUGGACAGAGGAGGACCCGGAUGAAGCGGAGGAUGCUGUCAGGGCGGUGGAUCUUGAAUUUUGUCACCCCUUGUGCCAGUGCCCCAAAUGUGCUCCAGCUCAAAAGAAGCUGGCAAAGAUUCCUGCCAGUGGGCUUGGUGUGAAUGUGACCAGCCAGGAUGGUUCCUCCCCACUGCACGUUGCUGCCCUGCAUGGUCGGGCGGAUCUCCUUCUCCUCCUCGUGAAGCACGGUGCCAGUGUGGGGGCCAGAGACGCAAAGCAGGCCGUCCCACUCCACCUGGCCUGCCAGAAGGGCCACUUCCAGGUGGUGAAAUGUCUACUAGAUUCUAAUGCAAAACCCAAUAAAAAGGAUAUAAGUGGAAACACACCCCUCCUUUAUGCUUGUUCCAGAGGCCACCACGAAGUUGCGGCACUGUUGCUGCAGCAUGGGGCCUCCAUUAAUGCUUCUAACAAUAAGGGCAACACAGCACUGCACGAGGCUGUGAUAGAAAAGCACGUCUUCGUGGUGGAGCUGCUUCUGCUUCAUGGAGCAUCAGUUCAGGUCUUGAACAAGAGGCAGUGCACAGCUAUAGACUGUGCUGAACAGAAUUCAAAAAUAAUGGAAUUGCUUCAGGUAGUACCAAGCUGUGUGGCCACGUUAGAUGAUGUUGGAGAAACAGACCACAACGAGUACGUUACUGUCAAGAUCAGGAAAAAAUGGAACUCCAAAAUGUAUGAUCUACCAGAUGAACCUUUUACAAGACAGUUUUACUUUGUCCACUCAGUUGGUCAGUUUAAGGGAAGGACCUCAAGGGAGAUUACGGCAAGAGAUAGAAGUGUCCCUAAUUUUGCUGAAGAUUCUUUGCAUGAGCCAGGGAGGCAAAGAGUCACUCGGAAGCAGAAUAACCUGCCAGACCAGAGCAGCUCUCAGACAGCUGACAAAGGAAACGAUGGUCAGCCGGAGAGGCCUGGACCGAGACAAACUGCUCCUGGACAAAGGCGAAUGCUCCGUAGACACAUAGUCAAUGAUGCGGUUGUACCCAAGGGCCCAGAGACUGCUGGCAACCUGACCACUCCCCAAGAGGCUAGCAUUUCCCAAUCUUAAUAGUAAUAAGGAAUUAUCUACUGCCAAGAAGUGAGUCCUCAACAAGAAGAUGCCAAGCCUGAGUACAGCUUAGAACUAAACGAACUUACUGUUUGUCUUGAGAGAAAAGCAGAAAGGUCCUGAAAGCUUUUCUGUGGCAGAUGGAAAGAAUGCAACAACAAAAAGCUAUCACCAUCUCUUUCCUCUUCAAAGCUAAUGGAUACACUUGAAAAGGAAUGGACAAAAGUUCCAGUAGUGUCCAGAUCCUUAAGACGCUUCUUCUUAUGUAUUAGGGUUCCUUGGUUACAGUGAGGUUUCAUCACCAGAUUCUGACCUCCUUCUACUGAAAGGUGCUAGACCUCUGGGAUGUGUAUAAACUUGCAAACCACAGCUAAAAGAAUUCCUCCCUCUGCGAUAAGCUGAAGAAAAGCAAUUUAGGUUUCAUGGUACCGUGGAGGCCGGGCGGAAAUGUUGCAUUGGAAUGAAGGAGAUAGGACCUGAAAAAUGUCCCUUUGCAAGCAACACUUGAACCCAAAGAUGCCUAAAUGCCAUUUUGAUGCUCAUUUUAGUUGAAAGGACACAUAUGACAUGUUCUACACUAUGUAUGUGGGGAAAGUUGGGUAUAAUUUUUCUUCUAAAAAAUUAAGUACAGAUAAUUGAUCACUGCACUUAUACACCUGUAGCAGUGUCUCUGGAAAAAUCCCUUUCCGUUAAGAGCCUCCCUUAAAUGUCACACCUGAUGGAUGGUUCCUGAACUAGACAGUAGACUUGGCACACCUUUUCUUAGUCUUUUGAUUCAAAAGAUUCAAAACUUACAGCACAAACCAGGUCAAAGUUACCUUAAAUUAGAAUUUAUUACGAUUUAUUCCUUUUUAUAAAUUUCUAUAGCUUAUACUCAUUUUUUUGUUAUCAAUUGGUCUAGAGCUGCAAACAUGGGUUUGUCCAGAGUACAUUUUCAAACAACUUUGUAAUAGGAAAAUGGUUCUGUGCACGUUCUUGGAAACACUUGCGUAUGUACAGAAGGGAGGGGCUGAUUAUUUUUCUACAAAGUAAUUUAUGAUUUUUAAUUUUCUAAUGUGCCUUGGACAUGUGCCAAAUGAUGGAAAAGAAACAGUAAACUUUAUGAUUCUUGAGCGUG